AGCAGCAGCAGCAUCACUGCUCAGAGUCACAGCAUCACCGGACAUCCUCACUGCGAGUCUCUCUGCCAUUAUAUCUGCAUCACAGCUGAAACACGGGACGCAUCGAGGCUGCACAAUACACAAGUUUCCCCGCGAUGGUGCCUUUAUUUUUGUUCCUGGUCGUUCGCAUUGGCGCAUCCAUCCCACAUCCGAAAUCUGCGGGUGAAGUAUGUGAACCGGUUCCGUGUGAGAACGGUGCUGACUGUCCCAGUACACCAGCUGAUGAAAAUGUUUCUUCAUCAGGCUGGGAAGAGCAAUCUGUAAUUGGGCCCUGCCGCCCAAACCCCUGUCACAACGGAGGGGUGUGUGAACUCAGUGAGACCUACCGCGGCGACACUUUUGUCAGGUAUUUGUGCAGGUGUCCGCUUGGCUUCGAUGGUGUCCACUGCCAACACAAUGUUAACGAGUGUGAGAAAAAUCCAUGCAAAAAUGGAGGCAGCUGCACAGACCUGCAAGCAAACUACACCUGCCAGUGUCCCGGCGAAUACAUGGGGCGGAACUGUCAGUACAAAUGUUCUGGGCCUUUAGGGAUGGAAGGGGGGAUCAUUUCGAACCAGCAGGUAACAGCUUCCUCCACACAUCGAGCUCUGUUCGGCCUGCAGAAGUGGUUUCCGUACUUCGCCCGACUCAACAAGAAGGGCCUUGUCAAUGCCUGGAGUGCAGCCGAGGGUGAUCGAUACCCAUGGAUUCAGAUAAAUCUGCAGCGGAGGAUGAGGGUGACCAGACUGAUAACACAGGGUGCCAAGCGAAUCGGAAGCCCAGAGUACGUGAAAUCAUAUAAAAUGGCAUAUAGCGACGACGGGAAGGCCUGGAGCAUGUUUAAAGUCAAGGACACGGAUGAGGACAUGAUAUUCACUGGAAAUACUGAUAAUAAUGCCCCCUCGGCCAACUCCUUCAGUCCACCAAUCGAAGCGCAGUACGUCCGCAUUUACCCACAAGUCUGUAGGAAGCACUGCACACUGCGAAUGGAGCUCCUGGGCUGUGAGCUCACAGGAUGCUCAGAGCCCAUGGGGAUGAAGACCGGACACAUCCAGGACUAUCAGAUCACCUCCUCCAGUGUGUUUCAGACCCUGAACAUGGACAUGUUCUCCUGGGAACCAUCCAAGGCCAGACUGGACAAACAGGGCAAGGUCAACGCAUGGACAUCAGCCCAUAAUGACCAAUCCCAAUGGCUGCAGGUGGAUUUGCUGAUUACCACCAAAAUCACAGGAAUUAUCACCCAAGGAGCCAAAGAUUUCGGGCAUGUGCAGUUUGUCGGUUCCUACAAAGUGGCAUUCAGUAAUGAUGGAGAGAAAUGGCUCAUCUAUCAGGAUGAGAAACAACAGAAGGAUAAGAUCUUCCAAGGAAACUUUGACAACGAAACACACAGAAAGAAUGUGUUAGAUCCGCCGAUCUACGCCCGAUUCAUCCGGAUUCUUCCGUGGUCGUGGUACGGACGCAUCACUAUGAGGGCGGAGCUUCUGGGCUGUCCGGAGGAAUAGUGAAACUGCGGCGCACUUUAUGACAAACUGUGUAAAAAUAACAUUUCUAAUGGUGAUCUUUCAAGGAUGCCUUUUGGCCUGAUUCAAAAAUGAAAGAUCUUUUGAUUACAGUCGACGAUAGUCAAUGAUUGCGAUGACUUUGAAUGGAUUUGUUUUUUUGCUCUGGAAAUUGCCACAACUUACGAUGCUUUUCAAAUGUUAUUGUCACUGUACAACUGACUACUUUAUUUUAGAGUAUUAUCAGAAAUAGGUCAAUUGAAUUCACUCAGGUCAAAGGUCACAUGCUAGAAUAGUUCAAGUAUAUGAUUUAUGAGUAUAAGGAGGAGCUGAGAACUGUUGUUGCUAUUCUUAUAAAUUUAUGUAUAUUAACUACUAAAUGUUGUCAUUUGUAAUUUAUUAAAAUUAAAUCGUGCAAAAUCGAUGAAUGAGAAGGAGAGUGGGGUAAACUGUGCCGCAUAUCAAGAUUGACUUCACAUGGAAUGACACAGACAAGACUAAAGGCUUGUUCACAGCAAGAAAGAUAACUAUAACGAAAACAAUGAUGUUAACUAUGUUAGCUUCCACACAAUGCAUGAUAUCGUUCUCUUUAUUAUAAGCGCGCACUGCAGUUUGUCAUCAGAUCUACAGUUGUUUAGCAAUUUUUUUUGUGGGUAAAAUCCACGAUUGGGAAUUUUGCAUGAGGGACAAAAAUGUUCCCACAAUGAUUUAACUGCAGUUUCACAUUGGCCACACUACUAAACUAAAUUUGCAUUGAUUUAUGUAUUCUAACUUAAAUAUCCAACCAUUUGGAUCACACAGUUUUAACA